AUGGGCACUCCACACGAUAAAGCGAAAACAGUGGCUCAAUUGAUGAAAGAAUCGGAAUUGAUUAUCUCACAGCUCACCGAACAGGAAAUUCUCGAAUUCAAAGAUGCUUUUCUUUUAUUUGAUAAGGAUGGUGAUGGGACGAUUUCUAUCGAAGAAUUGGGACCAGCAAUGCGAGCACUUGGACAAAAUCCCACAGAACAGCAAAUGGCUGAGAUUAUCUACGAUGUGGACAUUGAUGGGAAUGGACAGGUGGAAUUCCCCGAAUUCUGUGUGAUGAUGAAAAAGAUUAUGAAGGAAACAGACUCGGAAAUGAUUCGAGAAGCUUUCCGGGUUUUCGAUAAAGAUGGAAAUGGAGUGAUCACAUCAAGUGAAUUCAAAUAUUUCAUGAUUCAUAUGGGUAUGAUGUUCAGCGAAGAGGAAGUGGAUGACAUUCUGAAAGAUGUUGAUGCUAAUGGAAACGGUGAGAUCGACUACGAGGAAUUCGUGCAAAUGAUGGGAGAAUUU